UAAACGGUUCGUUUUACAAGCUCCGGGAACCAAUGAACCAAAGCACAAUUAGCCCCACAGAAUACAGAAAGCUGUGGCCGCGAUCCGGGAGUCUCGGAAGGAACCCAUCGGAAACCGCUAUCAAGGCAUUUCGCCAGUUCGUCGAAUACAAUUCUCCAGCCACGCAGUAACGAUGGGCAGGGACAACGAUCUUAAUAGCACCCAAAACCUGGUUCAUCCAGAGUGGGAAAUCCUCGAUCCGACGCCGGACAUAUACGCCCUGUUUCCCCUCUUCGAUCGUAAGUUCUUUCAGGGAAAGCUGGCCUGUGUGCAGCUCGAGUGGAGCAAAAAGAUGUACAGCUGUGCCGGUAUUUGCUACCAGCGGUCGAAUCGCUUGGGUAAAAGCUGUAUCAUCAGACUAAGCGAACCGCUGCUCAAGCUGAGGCCGCGUAAGGACCUCGUUCAAACGCUGCUCCAUGAAAUGAUCCACGCCUACUGUUUCGUGCUGGGCAUCCGCGAAGGCAACGGAGGGCACGGGCCGACCUUUAAAAAGAUCAUGAACGGAAUUAACAAGAUCGCCGGCACACACAUAACGGUUUAUCAUACAUUCCACGACGAGGUGAAUGUGUACAAAACGCACUGGUGGCGAUGUAACGGGCCCUGCCAACAGAAACAGCCUUUCUACGGAAUGGUGAAACGCACCAGCAACCGCAAACCGGGGCCCAGUGAUUUCUGGUGGAAAGAGCACCAGCUAACCUGUGGUGGGGAGUUUACUAAAGUCCGCGAACCAUCGCCAAAGCGUAAAAACGCAAGAAACAAGGAAAACGAUGGGGGAUUCUUUACUCCAGUGCAGAGAAAAGGGCCAGAUAAUCGCAUUAAGAGCCACAGUGUCCGCAGUCCGCAGAAAAACGUGAUAUCCAACUACUUCGAUAAUUCCAUCUCGAAAGGAACGGGUGGUUCUGGGAAUGGUCCUUCAUCGAGCCGAGCGAUACCUCCUUCGAAACCCACCUCUGCAGGGCCACCCAGUACCAGUAGCUCCGUCCCUCCAAAGAAACCUUUAUAUACUCCUGGGGCCAGACCCAAUUUCGGUGGCACAACUCUCGUCGUACGGAAGCCCCCUAUUACAGUAACACCCAAAACAGAGAAGCCAGCUACUACGAUUAGCACCGAACCACCAUUAACCCGUCCAGCCUCGGUAGGCAAUUUACGUAACGUGAAACAGUUCAAGGAUUUAUCCAGCAGUGAUGAUAAUGCAAGCCCGGGCCACAACCAGAACCAAUCCAGCGCGGUGCCAUUGUUUAGCGGGCGAGGCUUUACGCUUGGGUCAUCGUCCGGUUCCUCUACGGGGAUCCAACCGAGAAGUCGUUUGCUGGAUAGAUUCCCCGUGCCGACCAACAGGCCGUCGCUACCGAAAAAGGCACGCACGGAGACAAGUACGAAGGGGAGCGGGCAGCCCAGUGCUGAAGUCAUCGAUACGAUAUCAUUGUUGAACGAUUCCGAUGAAGUGUUCGAUGAAAUUGAUGUUACGGAGGUCGCACAAACGGUAGCAAACAUAAAGAAGGAGCACCAGGAUGCUAUUAAGCGGGAAAUCCAAGACUCGAUCAAUGACGAAGAGGUGGGCGACGAUGAGAUCCUGCUGAUCGAUGACGAGUACCAUGAUGAGCUAGCGGACGAAGAUUUGGCCUCGAUCGACGAUUCUCUCCUCGAUCGCUCCGUCAUCGACGAUUUGUUCAAUGAGAGCGAUGAGCUUAUGGAAGACUUCAAUCGUACCAAUGCGAAAGUGAAGAUCGAAUGUCCAGACGAUGAAAUCGUCCGAUGUCCAACGUGCCUAACGAAGAUGCCGCGUGGAACUGUUGGUACGCAUCUGGAGCUGUGUUACGAUAACAUUACCGGUAGUGGACGACCGAAAGAUACCCGUAAGGAAGAUAAACCGACUGAUGAUAGGUCGCAGACGAUACACAGUGUGAAUCGGCCCUCUACCGCGAAUGGAACCCCAGUACACAGCGAUAGACGGCGGAACGAGAAUCAACCCUCUACCUCGAGAGCAACGCCAGCACAACGAGAUCGGAACAGCAGCAAUCUUUCAACGUCAUCCUCUAACACCAGCUUACAAGAAGCCAGUCGACAACUGCUGCUAGACUGUGGCUAUACUGAAGAAGACAUUCGUCUCGUAACCGACGACUUGGAGGACAAUCUUCCAGCAGCAGACAUGGGCUCACUGCGUCAUCAGGUCCUGCGAGACAGUGGUUACACGGAAGAAGAGAUAGCCCGCGUCUUGGAUGAAACCGAUGAUGACGAUGUGAUUGAGAUCGGUCCGGUGGAUGAACGGUGCGAGUGCCCAAGUUGUGGUGUACUUGUACCAAUUUCCAGUAUCAACCAGCACCUUGACCAGUGCCUCUUCAAAUAACGACACAUUUGUUACGUUUGUCUGUUAUUAAAUGCAUUUACGUUUCGUAUGCUUCGCAUGAUGAUUUAUUUUACCCAUUGAACUAACCCUCUCCCUACACUCUUAU